GCGUUUACUCUUGUUUACUUUCCCUAGUGUUUGACCCUCACUUCUUUUCCUUGUUAUCAGGCCUCGCUCCUAGCUUUUGACCUUAGCCUAGUUUUGAUUACUCCUCUGCCUUAUUCCUUGCCUGUUUCUCUCAACAUUAGAAUCCACAUUUGCACAUGAAUCCAAACACCUCUGCCUCUUCAUCACAGUGUUAAAGUUUCAUUUUUUUCUUCUGUCUCCCUGCAGACGUUCAUCUCCUCUCUCCUGUUCUCUUGAGUUUUCAUGAAAAGCCUCAAAAAUCCUCAACUCAAACUUCAAUACUUUUACACUUUUGUACUUUUUCAUGUAGUUUAAAGCUCAGACUCUCUGCACAACCUGGACUUGAUUUAUCCAAAAGAUGUUCCAAAUCCUGGCUGGUUCAUUUCGUUUUAGUUUUUCUGGUUAUCAGUCAGAUUGCAACAAGAUGCCAUUUGUGCUACGGCCCCAAAAAAGAUGUGGAAAUAAAAAAUAAAAAAAAUUAAAAUAAGAAGGAACUGAAAGCAGCUGAGAGUUGGGGAAGAGAAAAAAGGGGAACAUGCUCUUUAUCUUUCUGUCUUUUAGACAGGCUCUCCUCUCCCAUACCAAAGAAGCACUGGGAUGUAUUAAUAGCGUUCACAGCAUGGCUGUGUGUGUGAGUGUGUAUAUUUAGCCUGGUGGGGUCUGGGCCCCAGCCCCACACUGGUCUGGUAGUGUGGGAAGAACGCCGUGAAGCCUGUGGAGUUGCUUCUCUCUGCUGAUCUCCAUUACCUGCAUGAGCUGAUGAGCAGGACCUCCCUGGAGACUCAGAAGCUGGACCUGAUGGAUGAGGUGUCCUACCUCAAACUGAAGCUGGUCAGCAUGGAGGAGUCGCACACCAACACACACGAGGCGGAUCCCCCCGACACAAAGCAGGACAAAGCAGAGUGUGUGGUAAACUUCAUCAGCGAGCUCCAGGAGCAGAUGUGCAGGUUUCAGGCGGAGAUAAGCACUCGCAUCCAGGAGAAAAAAGCCCUUGAGGAGAAGGAGGCCCAGCAGGGGGAUCCCAGAGGACACCCGGCGUGGGGGUGUGGCCCCCACGUCGGGCUAGCCGCCCCCGAUCCGGGCCUGUCAGGCUCAGAUUCCUGGAAUCAGUCGGGAGGACAGACUGUGCACGAUCUGAUACAGGAAGUGAAGCAGCUGAAGAACAAAGUGGAUGAACUGGAGGGGCAGAAGAACCAGUACGAGAGGAAACUCAGAGCCACGAAGCUCUCCAUCUCUUACUCUCUCCAUGUGUGUUACCAGUCGCUCAUGACCCAGCUGUCCAGCCUCAAGCUGACUGUGGAGCACACACAGCUGGAGAAGCAGCACUGGGAGGAGCGCUGGCGCGGCGCACAGGCAGAAAUGUCGGAGCUGCAGCAGCUCCUGGCCUCCAAAGAUGCGGAGAUCGAGUGCCUGCAAACGCAGCUUCUGGCCAGAGAUGGCAGCGCCAACGACAACGCCAAAAGAGAUCAGGAAUACCAGAGGCUGAAGGUGGGGAUGGAGUCCUUGUUGGCCUCCAAUGAUGAAAAGGACCGGCGAAUAGAAGAACUGACUGUUCUACUUGGCCAGUACAGAAAGAUGAGGGAGGUUAUGGCUCUCACUCAGGGAAGCAGCGAGGAGGAGCUAAGUGGCAGCUUGAAGCUCAAAGCCAUCACACACAAAGCACACUCGGACAUGCUCAGAUCAGAGAUGUCCUCAAGAGGCUCCUCCCCCCUCCUGCUGUCCUCCUCCCCCUUUCAGAGAGAACUUGAGUCAAGUUUCCAGAACUCUUUGGACGCAUCGCUGAUGUCUGCGGGUGAAAUGAGUUUCCUGAAUGGAUCGUGGCACCGGCGCAGACUGCUCUCCAGCAGUCUUGAGGAGCUGCAGAGUGGAUCAUUACAAAAGAGCCCGCUGACAGAGCUGAACAAGUACCAGACUCUUCCAGGGAAGCUGAGGAAAAAGAGCGAAGCGAGGACUGAGCUGAGCUGUGACAGAAGUACAGAUGCUGAGUACUCGUCUCCUGUCAAGCUCUCUCCCGACCAUGACAAGAACUUCACUCUCAUUCGCUGCAGGAGUGCCAGCGCUCCGGUUCUAGGAUCUCCAGGAAAACACGACCUUUAUGACACUGAGCCCUCAGAUAGGCUGGACAUGAUGUCUGACCACUCCCCCCUGUCCUCCGGGGUGGACUCGGGCCAGCAGUCUCCGGUCUCGCCGGAGAACAGGAAGACCCACAGAGGCAUCCGGAAGCUCUGGGGGAAGAUCCGCCGCAGUCAGUCCGGCAGUCCUGUGCAGCUCCACGACCAAGAGGGCGGAGAUUUUAAGAGGGGGGGCUUCAGAGCUACAGCCGGACCCAGACUGGCCCGCUCGGGGAAAACAAGAGAUCUCAAGCUGCCGUUUUCCAAGUGGAGCGUGGAUCAGGUGUGUGACUGGCUGGAGGACAUCGGGCUGGGUCAGUACGGCCUGUUCGCUCGGCGGUGGGUCAGCAGCGGGCAGACGCUGCUCUCGGCCAGCCCCCAGGACCUGGAGAAGGAGCUGUCGCUGAAACACCCGCUCCACAGGAAGAAGCUCCAGCUGGCCAUCAAGACGCUCACGGGGAAGCAGGCGGAGAGGUCGGCGGAGCUGGACUACAUCUGGGUCACACGGUGGCUGGACGACAUCGGCCUUCCUCAGUACAAAGACCAGUUCAAUGAAGGACGGGUGGACGGACAGAUGCUGCAGUUCCUCACGGUGAAUGACUUGCUGUUCCUGAAAGUGACGAGCCAGCUGCACCACCUCAGCAUCAAGUGUGCCAUUCACGUCCUCCACGUCAACAAAUUCAACCCUAACUGCCUGAAACGCAGGCCCGGCAAUGAGAGCCAGUUUUCUCCCAGCGAGGUGGUCCAGUGGUCCAACCACCGAGUCAUGGAGUGGCUGAGAUCCGUGGACCUGGCAGAGUACGCUCCCAACCUGCGGGGCAGCGGCGUGCACGGAGGCCUGAUUAUGCUGGAGCCUCGCUUUAACGCCGACACGCUGGCCAUGCUGCUGAACAUUUCCCCUCAGAAGACGCUGCUGCGGCGCCACCUCACCACCAACUUCAACAACCUGGUGGGGGAGCAGGCCCAGCAGGAGAAGAGGGAGUACACCGAAGCGCCCGGGUACACUCCCCUGAGCAUCACCGCCAAAGUCAAGCCGAAAAAGUUGGGCUUCUCCAACCUGACGCACCUGAGGAGGCGGCGGUCGGACGAGUCCACAGAUUACGUCUGCCCCAUUGAGUCACCCUCGUCUCAGUCAGGACAGUCCGCGGCCAACGGCGUGCAAGUGCGGCCAUACGCCGGCUUCAGAGGCCUGAGCCCCAUCCUGGACCGGGAGCCCGCCAGGGACCAGGUGGGGCUCGAGGAAGGCAAAGCUGACACAUCGCCAUGACAACACACCUGACCCCAGCUGACGGAUACCUCGUCACGCCCACGGACAGCUGUGCUGUCGGCCUCCAUAUGCUGUCGGCGCUGCUUCUUUGCCUCCUUUGCUUGCAGCCCACAAUACCUCAGCCCCCCUCCUGCUACCUGAAGCCCCGCCCAUCACCCCCGCCUUGUGCCUUACUCUGACUACCCUGGCUGCAGGGAGCUAAGACCUCAAAUCCAGCACACUUUGAGUCAGUCGCUUCACUAACACCCCCUCCCCCAUAUCCAAUCCUGUGCCAUGCCCCCCCCUCUGGACUACAGCAGUAAACAUGGACGUUCAGAUCAAAGCCAUCCACUCCUCAGCACUCCAGGAUUUUAUCCGUCAGAUUUGCUCCAUUUUGACUUUUCUAACUUCUUUGACUAAAACUUGUGCAAUAUUUGCAUAAAACUACAGAGGGACUGUAUUUAAUAUUUAUGUAACAGCUGUGCAAAUGAAACAGGGGCAUGUUCUGUUUGAUACUCGUGAUUUUUUUAAUCGUCAUUUACAUAAUUAUCUGUAAUAAGAUUUUUAUAGCGGAGAAACUCUGCAAACAGGAAGAUUACGUGUAUUCAUGUGCAAGUGAAAAGGUUUAUGAAAGCGUUUAAUAAACACGGUAAAGUGUGUCA